AUGUCAAAACGCGCCGGAUCCAGUGGUGCUGAACCAACGCCCAAGCGUCACAAAGGAAACCCAGCAGUACCAUCGGCACUAUAUGAUAAUGGUGCAUGGAAAAUUCUAGAGCAAUUCCUCACCACGUCCAUGUCAUUAUCUGAGAUGGACAAUGUGCUUGUAGCAUAUCUUGGUGAUCAGUACUCUGCAGAUGACUGGGUGGAGCCACGACGUCUGUUAUUCUCCGGUGACGCAAAUGAUGACGAAUCCUUGAGGAACCUCUCAGAACUACGGAAAACAAACAUCCCCUGUGAGGAUGUCUGCAUUGAGGAAGCAUGCUCGCUUGCUGAGGUCGGGGAUGAGGAGGAGGAGAAGGAGGAGGAGGGGUAUGAUGAGUAUGGGGAUGGAAUGUCCGUGCGGUCACCAAAGGUUACGUGCUUACCAGGACUGUCGGCAAAACAGAGGCUGGCUGCGACCUUCGACGAAAUGGCUACUCGGUUCGGACAGAAUCCAGCCACUUCAUUGCAAAGUCGCCAGGCUCCCACACAUAGAGCACUCAAAAGUAGGAUGUAUCUCCUUCACAUUCAGAGAGCAGUCACCGAAUACAUCGCUGAAUACCUUCGGAGGAAAAAAUUUCCUGUUACCGUGUCAGCUUGGCUCACAGGCCAACUUUAUGUUGUAGCAGAUAGCCCAAAAACUAUCGCAGAUACACUGCCUUCCUCACUUUAUCUCGCCAUCAAACACAAGUACAAGGGUUACAUUGGUAGAGUCUUCAAGUCCAGAAAGGAUAUCGUCGAAGUUCUAUGUCCUCCACACGACUUCCCUUAUCCAAUGCCUCGGGGAUGUCGAGUGCUUGUCGAGAGAUCUCGCCUUCCCAAGAACAACUUGGUGUCCGAUAUCAUUCUUCAUGAUGAGGUGGUGGGAUGGACAUACAAAGGUGAAAGCUACUACAAGGGGCUCUUACUAAAAAAAUUUCUCCACGAUCAUCUGGAACUUCUCGCCUCUCCUCAUGCCGACACCAUCCAACUCCAUCUGGAAUCAGGAUGGGACACAGCCUUCUUGAAGAAAACUGUUGUCGAGUUUUCCAUGCAACUUUUGCGCAUAGGUGACUGGGCCAGGAUUACCAAUGGAGCUCUUCAUGGAGCUCUCGGUAGGGUCAUCUCAACUGACCAUGCUUGUGGUUCUGUGGGCUUGGAAAUCGAUUCCAAGGGGCAUCCAGACAAAAUAGAAUUUCGUCUCCAGGACAUAGAAUACCUCUUUAGGAUCGGCAACACCGUUAGAGUUGUAGCCGGUCCAUACUUAGGUUUAGAAGGAUACAUCAUCAAAAUGUGUGGGGAAGUAUUUUACGUGGAAGUUUCGAAGUAUUACUUAGAUCAGCGUCCUUUAAGGCACACGAUCAAAUCACAGCUGCCAGUGCAGCAACAUCUCGCACCUUCCCCCGAGUCUGACUGUAUCGAAAUUUGGGAUUUCAUACAAGUCCUGGACAGAAAGCAUAUCAGGAAACACAGCAUCGUCGAUUGGAUCUCCAAAGGAGAAAGCACACUCUGGUUCCGGGAUAUCAUUACUCCUGACAACACAGGCUCCGGACUUUCAAGUAUCUUAGUUCCUACAGCAAUGGUUCAGGUGACGGAUCUCGCCCAGACAAUCCAAUACACUAAAGAAAGAGGUUAUGAUGUCAGACCUGGGGACACUAUCAACAUUAAAAUUGGAUUCACAAUUAAACUACACAACGAUAUUGGCCAGGAAGUUUUUGUGAUUGGGGGUGACCGGAAGGGCUACCAAGCCACACUCUACAGUCUUGCCCCUGAGAUCUGCAUGGUUGCUGUGCAUGGGCAACAGCGCACCAAUGUCAAACUCCAUGAUGUCGUUACCAGAUAUGGAAUGAGGUUAAGCGGUGUUAUACUUGAAGGCCCAGAGAUGAUUUUAUUCUGUGAGAUGCGGAAAAGAUCUUACUUGGCGCCACCAGCCCAAAGCAUCACACCACCUGUUGAAAUAGCUCCCUCUGCCUCAACCACAUCCAUCACAGACAGCCCCUCAUCGCUUAACAGUUGGGCCCCUUGGUCUGCAAGCCCCGGGGAUGUUGAUGUGGCGCAUGACCCUUCGUCAAGCACCAUCAAUCCUAGCUCGUCAACCUCCGAUCCCUGGACUGUCGAUAACCAGGAGAGCAUUGGCACGGAGAAAUUGCCAGACCGCGGCCCACUAUCUUGGUUGAUGACCAAGGAGUUUUCCUCGAAGCUCUUCAAUUAUCACAUGGUGUUGAAGAUAUCACCAAGUUUUAUGGGAGGCAGGUUAAACAAGCAAUUUGUAUUCACAGCUUGUCCUGACCCUUUCUGCGGUGAGAAUGGACCCGCGCCCAAGGGCUCCGUCGCAGCAUUGUGCACAUCCAAUGGUGCGGGAGCCACAAUUAAGCACUACCAUAUUCCCAUGAGUGACUUGAGCCCAGCUCCCCCACGCAAGAAAAACCAAGAUGUACUUAUUCUGGACAGGGAGCAUCGCGGGCUUAUCCAAACCAUAGUGUCUUGUUACAACAAGGGCGGUGUAGUUAAGAUUACGAUCACCCCUACGGUAAUCCCAGAGAUUGGGACAGGAGCCUUCGUCUCCUUGUUGGAGAGGUUCUGUGGUGCCGAACAAAACCUUGUAACCCACCCAUGUACCCUUGGUAUCAAUGUUGCGACAUAG